AUGUUCCGUGUCGCGUUUUUUCUUUGUUAUCGAACACGGACCAAUUUCGGCAUCCGAAUUUCGGUAAAGCACGCCGCGAAGAACAUUUGUUUCGGCUUAGAAGGGGGUCUACACCAUAGGUGGUUGCCACGAGAGAACUUCGACCCUGACCAUCUGGAACGACUUAAAAACACCGAGAAUGAAGGAGAAACAAGGAUGAACCUUUUGAGGUGUCCUUUUCUUUGGCCUCGUGCCCUUUUCGUGUCCACCUUCAGAGAUAUACGUGCGCAGAAAGGAACGAGUCGGAUCUGA